AUGUUCCAGUCUUUUACUGGUAGCUCUCGUCGCCCACGGCAGGUGAACCUGAGCGGCCGCACCUCCAACCCUUUCGCUACAUUCCCCGGUAGCUCCCCCAGCCGACCGGCCCCGCAUGCUUCGAACCCACAGAGUGCUGUCGCCAUUGCGCAGCAGGAACGAAUACAGAGACAGCGGGAUAGGGAGAAGCAGAAUGCCAUCCGGACCAUUCAGCGGGUAUGGAGGGGUUAUAGCAAUAGGAGGACAACAUAUGGAGAUUGGAGAUUAGAGUGGGAUGGGAACGAGCGAGAUAUGCUAGGUGACAUGAACAUCAAACCUGGGACCCCAUUACGCCGUCCUGCCCCAUACGCGACUGCAGACCAGUGCCUAAGCCAACUGCGGCUAUUGGUGCAGUUCGUCUCUGCGAGGCAGACAGAUGAUGUGUUCCGACUCGUAUACUUUGUCGAUACACUCGAACGAACUUUUCAAACACUUCCUACAAUUGCUAGUGAGGGCGAAUGGACCAAACUUCUUAAACGGUUGGCUCUCGUUGUGCUGCGUGUGCUCAAAUACUCUUCGAACUCCUCCGUUCCUGCACAUGUUAUUGAGCCUUUGCUUCGUGCAGCAGUUUUCUUGACUGGGUUAAUACCUAAACAAAUGGCAAGAAUUGCAGAUACCUACUACGAUACUAUGGCCUUCCUGACGACCAAUCUGACACCUUCCAACGAAUCUGACCAAACCUGGAUUCCAACUAUCGACGCUGAACAUCUCAAGGAUGGCGUGAUUGCUCUUCUGCGACCAAUAACCUCCGAAACGAUAUCAGCAUAUGAGUCUUUUGCAACGCACUAUCUCACAAUCCCCGACCUUGAGUCGCAUCUAGGGAAAUUGGAAGGGCUGGCCCACCAAAUAAACUACCGCAUGCUUGCACUUGCCGUGUCGGCCCGCCUUGGCUCAAUAGCCCAAGAACCCCAUGCCAUAGACGAUGUACACGCUCGGAUGUGGUUACUUGCAUACCUCAUUUUCUUUCAUCGAUAUGGAUUGGGCGCCGAAGUCAACACUCGAGCGCCGGAGCUAGAAUUUGUCACCGUGAUCUCUGAUCUCCUCACAUUUACGGCGACACAGAUCAUGCAAGGCUUAGAGGCUGACGAACCAAAUGAGAUGGACACUCCUACUGGUGCUCGUUCUUUGCACCCAUUUAUCAAAGAACAGGUCACCGGCCUAGUGAAUCAGAGUAGCGUUACUGGGCUUCUCUCGCCUAUUAGAUCAUCUCGUUUCACCCGGCCCGAUCUGACGACCGAAGAAACCGACGCAUCCAAAGAAGCUAGAGUUCUUGCUACAUAUGCAUUAAAUCUGCUGAGGAUUUUCCCGCGACGUGGAGAUGAUAUCCGAAUGUGGCUGUAUCUAGGCUCGGCACCAUCUGGAGAACAUGUCUCUGGCCAACCAGAUGCGAAAGUGCCUGCAAUCAAAUAUUUCUGGCAGGCAUCCAAAUCUAGUAGCAUCUUCCAGGUCAUCAGCAGUGAUUCUACAAAAGUGCUGCCGUUGUUGCAAUUACCUCAGCAUGCCAAAGAUCCCGUGGAUAUGCCCCAAGCUCAGCGGGAUCAAGAGUGGACAACCAUACUUCUUUUCCUCGAGCUUUAUACAUUUGUUUUGAAAGUUAUGGAUGACGAUGAAUUCUUCUCAAGCACUUCCUCCUUCGUAUCUUCAGAAGAUGACAAAAUUUCAUGGACAAGGGAGAGUGCCCUUCCUCUGAAUGACAUCAAGGAUAUGACGAUUUUCCUUAAGAAUCUCGCUUUCACUCUCUAUUGGAAUGCCGUCGACUUGAGUGAACCGGAGUUUAAGCCCACUGCCAUUAGUCUUAGCAGCUAUUUCAAUAGCACCAGCCAAGCAUCCGAUGUUCCCCCGCUUCCAAGUACCAAGGAUCUCGAAACAAAAGGUCAAACGAAUUAUCUUCAUGGGGUCACUGGAAUCCCACUUGAGUACUUCAAAGGUCUGGUCACAGGAUUGCUGCGAAUGCUCCAUGAACGAGACUCGCGUCGCAAGUUCUUGCCUAAAGAUCAUUGGCUCAUGACCAGCCGAUUUGACAUGGAAGGCUUCAUAUCUUCCGUCGUUGCAGAAGAGGAAAAGAGACACGAAUUCCAAGCCCGGGCAGAGGAUUCUGAGGAUGCCGAUAUUAUGGACGAUGAAUCAAGCGGCCGAUUUAAUGAGCCAUCAGGCUUGGCUGGAACAGGCCAUGCUCAACAGACUAUUCGUUUCGAGGCUUUAAGACGACAUCAACAGCGAGCUGCGCGUGGCCGGAUCUUGGCAGCCAUUGCACCUAGACUCGAAAUACUUCGGAACAUGCCGUUUUUCAUUCCAUUUGCUACUCGUGUUCAAAUUUUCCGCGAAUUCAUCUACCAUGAUCAACACCGCCGUCGACAUGGUUUUGUGGAGCCAGACUCUUGGCGUGCAUCUAUCGCUCAGGCCUCCAUGGGACAGAUGAUGAACGGCCACCCUGCGUUCCAAGACAUCCUUGCUCGACACCAAGCUGAUAUUCGACGAGAACAUAUUUUUGAUGACGCAUUAGAUCAGUUCUAUCCGCUGGGUGACGGCCUGAAGGAGCCCAUCCAAAUUAGCUUCAUCGACCGCUUCGGAACUAUGGAGGCCGGUAUUGAUGGCGGUGGUGUGACGAAGGAAUUCUUAACUAGCAUCACUAGUGAAGCCUUUCAGACAGGCGACGGGCUUAGAAUGUUUGCAGAGAAUGAUCAGCAUUUAUUGUAUCCCAACCCUACCGCGGUUGAGCAAUGCAAGGACCAGUUACGAGGCAAUGGAAUAGACGAAGGGACCCCGGAAUGGACAGGAAGUGUACGGGAAAUGCUGCGGCGCUACGAGUUUCUUGGUCGUGUCAUUGGCAAGUGUCUGUAUGAAGGGAUCUUGGUUGAUGUCAAUUUCGCGCCUUUCUUCCUUCUGAAAUGGGCCUUGACUGGCGGCACUGGAUCUGCUUUGAAAGAGUCAUCCUACCGUGCCAAUCUGAAUGAUUUGAAAGACCUCGAUGCAGCCUUGUACCAAGGUUUGCUGAAACUUAAGAACUACUCGGGCGAGGUGGAGGACUUUGCUCUUGAUUUUACUGUCACCGACACCAUCCCCGUGACGGGAUCAAAUAAUCGCACUGUCACCAAGGAUUUGCGACCCGAUGGCUCGAGAAUUCCCGUCACGAACCAGAACCGUCUUGUCUAUAUAUCAUACAUCGCACGAUAUCGCCUACAGGCCCAGCCGUUGCAACAAACAAACGCGUUUUUGAUGGGCCUGGGGCAAAUAAUCCAACCUUCCUGGCUAUCCAUGUUCAACCAGUCUGAGCUGCAGACGUUGGUGAGUGGAGAAACCGGAGAUAUCGAUGUAGAGGAUCUCCGACGAAACACACUGUAUGGUGGGGUGUAUGUUAUCGGAGAUGAUAAUCAAGAGCACCCUACAAUCCAACUAUUCUGGAAAGUAUUGCACGAGAUGACUACCGAGGAACGACAAAAGGUGCUCCGGUUUGUGACCUCCACUCCACGGGCCCCGCUACUCGGAUUCAGUCAUCUACACCCACGAUUCAGCAUUCGCGACUCAAGUGAAGAUCAGGAGCGACUUCCCAGCACAAGUACGUGUGUGAACCUGUUAAAACUGCCACGGUACGCAACUGCCGAGACGCUCCGAACCAAACUACUGUAUGCGGUUAGUGCGGGGGCCGGAUUUGACUUGAGUUGA